AUGUGUUUUUCACAGAACAUUUUUAAUAAUUCUGGGGACUACUUGAUAGAAUUGAACGAGCUAAGGGAAUAUAAGAGAUUAGCGACUCAAAAAAUUAAAAAAUAUGAAAGUUGUGUGUAUUCUUAUAAAAACCAAAUACGAAAUUUGAAGAAAAACAGCCUUCAGGGACCGGCAAUAAACUUACAGCUUAUAAAUGUUUUCGUUAACGCUAUUUGUGAUAUAGUGGAACAUCUAUGUGCAGACAUUAAUAAACCAGUCUUAUCUGCCCUUCCAUUAAUUCACACUAUACUAAAUUCCACCCCCGUUAGAGACAAAAAAAUAUUCCAGUGCUCAAAAUUAAUACAUAUAACGUUAAACCGAAUAAAUGGAGUAAAUAUAAUUGACGGUGGUGAAAGCAUAACUCACAAGAGCGAAGAUAAAAUUGAUCACAAUGAAAACAUAAUUGACAGUAAGGAAAAUGUCGUUGAGGAGAAAGUGGGAAAAAAUUAUGAAUUUAUUUUUUCCCAUAAAAUACAGGACUUAGAGUGGCUCGCUUCUGACACUAAUGAUAAGGGAUGGUUAGCCAUUGGUGAUAGAUGGGAAUUGUGUAAAAGAGAUUUGAAAUGGUUGUGUGUAAAAACAAAUAACAGAUCAUGGUUAUUAUAUCGUCAUUUGUGGGAAAAUAGUUCUAAUGAUUUAAAAUAUAUAUCUGUAUUAUUUGAUGAUAAAAAAUGGCUACAACUAUAUAAUGUAUGGAAAUUUGUACCACUGAGUAUAAAAUUUAAGGCUAUUUCAUGUAAAGACCCUAGUAUAUGUAAACCUUCCUUAAGUGAGUUUAUUCUGAAUGACGAUGAUAUUUACAAAAAUAGUAUUUUAGAAUUAACUUCAGAUAUAUUGAAAAUGCCAAGUUUAAGGAGUGACUACUUAAAAUGUCAUCUUAACGAUAAGAGCAGUAAGUAUUUAUGGGGGAAUGAUAAGAAUACUGCUUAUAUGGAUAAAACUUGGACUAGUGGAAAUGAUUUUUUAAGUUCCUAUGCAAAUAAUAAUAGGAAAGAAAAUAAUUUAAAGCAGUCAGUAGAAACGUAUAAUAUGUGUGAGUUUAUAAAGGGGAAUAAUCAAGAGGGAGAAGGUGGUCUUUUAGGCGAAUCAGUUUUUAAAAGCAUACGUUAUGAACAACGGACUGAAAAGGGUAGUGGUGAUUGCAACUAUAGGGGUUACUGUAGUGGUGAUAGUAAUGCUAAUGGUAACGAUGAUAAUGACUUAACGGAUAAAUUCGUAAAUGCAAAAACUGAUGAAAAAGGAAGAGGCCGCAUUACAUCAAUAGUUGAAAAACAUCAUUUGAAGAAUGUACUAACUAAUAUGUCCAAGUCAUUUUUGAAAAAUCAAAAGAAGGAAGAUGUUGUACCAAUCAAAAAAAAUGUGAACAUUUUAAUAAAAUCACCCAUUAAAUAUGAAGGGAAACAGAUAGAAAAGAAUAAAUUACCAAUCAUAAGGGAAAAAAGGAAGAAUAUCAAUAUUUUGAUCAAUGAUACUAAAAAUUAUUAUAUUAAUGAUCAGCAUAGUGAAACUUUACGCGAACGAAAUAUUAGAAGCAAAUUUUUUAGUCCAAAAGAAUGUUUUAGCUCGGAUUUUCUUUUAAAACAAAUACAUGAAAAUGAAAUUCAUAAAAAUAUUGUUGACGAAGGAAAUAGGGUAGUAAAAAGCAAGACACAUAAACAUAUUAUCAAAAAAAUAGAUCUCCAUACGAGCAAUACAAACAAAGAAAGCUAUAGUAAACAGAUAAAGGUAACAGGGGAAAGUCAAAAAGUGCAAGGAAACCUAACUCCUACACCUGGAAAAGAACAGAGGGACAGUGAUAUAGCUCAAAAAUACAUGCAUAUGUUAGCGGAAGACACGGGAAGAAUAACAUCAAGGUGUAGUGCGUUGGGUUUGCUACAAAGAACAAGAGGAGAUGCAUCAGAUGAUGCACUGUUUGUUGCACCCUCUGGUGCACUAAACGGAGAUGGAGAUAAAGAAAUGACCCUUCCGAUGAGGAAUUUAUCAAAACGGGAUGGAAACAAAUUAGGAAAAGUUCUUGCUGCAUUUAAGAAGGUAUUAUCCCCACCAGAUAGUAGCAAUGAUAUUAACAUGAAAACAAAAGAGGUGCACACUCAAAAUGCACAAACAAAAAAAAGCAAAAAUAGCAAUAUGUAUACAAACCAGAUGAAGAAUAUUCCAAAAGAAACAUAUAAGGAGAAUAAAAAUGGACGUGUUUUUCACAAUCACCCAGGGGAACUAAAAAAAAUGAAAUCUUCAAUAAUGAAGAAGCUAUUAAAAAUAAAAGAACAACAUACAAAGAUAAAUCCACUUAUAUUAAAAAAAAGCAUUUCUAAAGAAUAUAUACUUAAUAUAAGAGGAAACAUCAACUCUGAUACGAAUGAACAAACAACUGGUAUAUUGAAUAAAAAUGACAAACCAUAUAUAACAAAAACAAUAAAUAAGGUGGACAUUGUAGAUUGUACCCAACGUACUAUAACUUCUAAUGAGGCUAGAAGCACUUUUAAGACUGGAGAAGAAAAAUUAAGUAAACAUGCUCUUGUAAAUAAUGAAGCCGAAAUAGAAGCAGAAACAGAAGCCGAAAUAGAAGCAGAAAUAGAAGCCGAAAUAGAAGCAGAAAUAGAAGCAGAAACAGAAGCAGAAAUAGAAGCAGAAACAGAAGCAGAAAUAGAAGCAGAAAUAGAAGCAGAAAUGACAGUUAACCCAUUACAGGGUCCUCAUGGUAAGGUAACAGAUUAUUUCUCUGGUUUACUUAACGCGUUAAAUUUGGGAAUUCCUAAAAGAAUUGAUGAAGAAUCAGAUGAAAGUGUUAAUCAUAAUGCAAAACAGUUACAGGGGGAAGAUGUCGAGGUAUCAGAAGAAGAAUUCAAGUUCCCACGGGAAGAAGGUAAGGAACCAGUUAAGGGAAAAAAAGAGUCUAUGAAAAGAGAAUCAAAUUUAGAAAAUAAGGAAAAAAAUAUAAAUAGGAGUGAGGAAAAAUGUAGGGUACUUAUAAAAAAGAGUAACUGUGAUGAUACGGAUGAAAAUGGAAUGAAACUAAAAACUAGCAGGAUGUUAAGAACCACAAAUUCCAGUAAGUAUUUUACAAACAAUAACUUAAAAGGAUAUUCAAUAAAAAAGGAAUUAAUGAAAGUUAAGAAGUCUGUUGAUGAUGGUAAUAAAUUACAAGCAAAAUCGCCUGUGCAUGUAGUGAGGGAUAGCAGGAUCGAAAUUUACCUAAACGGGGAAGAAAAAGAGUUUGAGGAGAAAUCUGCAAGCAGGUCACCACAAGGAUCGAUUAGCGGGUAUUCAAGUAGAUCUUCAAGAGAAUAUUCAAAUGAAGAGAUUAAUAAAGCGGUAAAUGAAGUACCGAAUGAAAGGAUACAUAAAGUGCCAUAUGAUGUGCCGGAUGACGAACAAGAUGAAGCACUGAAUAUUAUGAUUAAAUAUUCAAACUUUAGCAAAGCAAAGAAUAAAUUACCAUUUUUACAAAAACCUUUACUGAAUAAACUUAUAAAAAGUAAGCAUCGUGGUAUUCUGCAAAAAGUACUAGAAUCCGAUUUAUCAGAUAUAAAUUCUUCAAGAAUGGCGGCUGAAGAAAUAGCCAAACACAAAAAUGCUUCGAUUCAUAUUAAUCUAAAGAGAAAAGCGUCUCUAUCAUCUUUAAAAAUAAAGCCCAUAUAUAAAGUUUGA